AUGAAUCAGAGGGUGCAACAACUGUAUAACUCUUCUGUUUCAAUGGAAUGGCAGGUUUUCAUGGAGAUUUUUAAAAAAUAUGGUAAAAUUUGGGGGACUUAUGAUGGACGACAGCCGAUGCUGGCUAUAACGGACCCUGAGUUAAUUAAAAUUGUACUGGUAAAAGAAAGUUAUUCCACCUUCCUGAAUCGUGGGAAUUUUAUUCCACGGGGCAAGCUAGAGACCUCCCUUCCGGGAGCCCAGGACGAGAAGUGGAAGAGGAUUCGGACAGUGCUUUCGCCCACUUUCACCACUGGAAAGUUGAAAGAGUUAGGGUUUCUUUGCAUCCCAAAGUGGCCUCCAACUUUUCUCUCUUCCCUUCUUCGUGUAGGUUUGACCGACGCUGAGAUUUUGGCUCAAGCCACUAUCUUCAUUUUAGCUGGCUACGAGACGGUCAGCAGCGCCCUCAGUUUCUUGACCUACGAACUGGCCAUCCAUCCGGACAUACAGCAAAAACUUCAGGAGGAGAUUGACAAAGUUCUGCCCAACAAGGUAGGUGUCACUCAACGACCGACGGUUUGUCCCAACAGAUUCAGCAAAGAGGUCAAAGAACAGAUCAAUCCUUAUACUUACUUGCCUUUCGGAGCUGGUCCCCGGAAUUGCAUUGGGAUGAGAUUUGCUCUCCUUACCAUGAAGGCCGCUGUGGCCAGCCUGAUGCAGCAUUUCACCUUCCAGCCCUGCAAAGAAACUCAGAUCCCACUGGUGAUCUCCCCAAAAGGGAUCUUCAGAAAACCGACAAAACCCAUUGUCUUGAAGAUCAUUCACAGAGCCUAAAUCAAGGAGAUGUAACUGCAUGAAGAUCUCUACUCCUGAAGAUGAAAUUUGCCACUUUCGCUUUUUCUUGAGUCGCCUAGUUUUGCAACUCAGGUUUUCCCUCCGCCACUCCACUGAAUCGUGUUCUAUAACUUCACCCCCAAAGUGACGUUAACGAAACCCUUCCUUGGUUGGACCAGCCGAUGGGAGGAGGCCGGAACUCAUCAAAAUCCGAGUCCCGUCAGGCCAGGAGGGACCGCUGGCCUUGGAAAUCAUAAGGAUUUCAUAAGGAUAACAGAGGCUAUUAUUCUCAACCCCUUGCGUAAUAUUUGUUUGGAGUCCUGUGCAAGUAUUUCGUAACUGGUUGUGUGGAGAAACAAAAAAGAAUUUAAUUAAAAAAGUCAACAACGUUUCCCUGUAUCGUUCAAAUGUAAAAUCUGGAGAGGGCAAGCAACAGCUGCUCUCUAAGAAUCAGUUCUUAAUAAUAAAGAAACUCUAAUAAAGGGGAAAA